CGAAGUCUGAUGAAUUAUUUUCUAAGCACUCGUUGUAUUUCUAGUGCUUGCGCGGAUCUGUCAGUAACCGGAUACGGCGUGGGGGUCGGUACAGCCGGACGACCGUAAACAUUUGCAAGUUUUGAACUCAUUUUCUCUUUAUAUGCCCAGUAAUAAUUCUAUUAGUUUUUAUAAGUCUGCUAGAGUGGACGUUUGUGUUAUUAUACCCACGGAAAUGGAGGGAAUGUUUUAAUAGCCCACAGCACGGUUCACUCUUGGUAGCUCCAGCUUUUUCCCGUUUACCGGGUGGGCUUAGCUCGCGCAGUUUUGUUGCUGGACAUGGCAGGCAGGAUAAAAGCGGGGUUUGUGCAGCUACUGUACUAUUUGCAGGAUCCUCAGCACGUCGCGCGCUUCCAACAGCUGUGCGGGGUGCGCGGCUCCGACACGCGUGACAGUCUCCGUAACGGGGUGCAAGGCACUCGCCGUGGGGAUGUUCAUAACGGAGGCGGGGAUGCCACCCGCCGUAGAACAGCAGGAGCAGAGACCGAUACGGAGAAACGCAACAACGGCUUGGCGAACGGGAAUGCGGGAGAAAACGUCAAUGGGGAUAGGAACGGGCACGACGCUCAAGGAUCCGCAGUGAAGCCGUCGCGCAGGAACUCUCUCACCGGAGACGCCGGCCAGGAGUUCCUCAUCGAAAAUAAGUUUCUAUUCUACCUGUUCACGCUCGGUACCGAACUCGGGAACGAGCUCUUCUACAUCUCGUUUUUCCCGUUCUUCAUGUGGAACGUGGACGCGUAUGUGAGCCGCCGGCUGGUCGUGGUCUGGGUGUGGGUCAUGUAUCUCGGCCAGUGCACGAAAGAUGUGUUUCGGUGGCCGAGACCUGCCUCGCCCCCGGUGGUGAAGGUGGAGAUGUUCUACAACUCGGAGUACAGCAUGCCGUCCACUCAUGCCAUGUCCGGGACAGCCAUACCCCUCAGCCUGUUCCUGCUGACCUACGGCCGGUGGGAGUAUCCCAUGCUGCUGGGUCUCUCUCUGGCCAUCAGCUGGUGUGUCCUGGUGUGUUUGAGCCGCAUAUACAUGGGCAUGCACUCCAUACUGGACAUCAUUGCUGGUUUCCUGUACAGUUUGCUGAUAUUGGUGGUCUUCAGUCCUGCUCUUGACAUCAUCGACACUUUCAACCGCACACAUCCCUACGCCCCCCUCAUGAUCAUCUCUCUCCAUGUGGGACUGGGCCUUUUCUCCUUCACCUUGGACACCUGGAGCACUUCACGUGGCGACACCGCCCAAAUCCUGGGCUCUGGGGCGGGUAUCGCCUUGGCAUCCCAUGUCAACUACCAUUUGGGCCUAUUGCCGGACCCACCAGCAUCUGCGUUUCCUCUACAGCCACCAUCUUUCACCCUCAGCCUGAUCGCACUCUGUCUGCUCCGCUUUUUCUUAGGUGUCCUCAUUCUCUUGGCUACCAGAGCCGUAAUGAAAGCUCUCACUAUCCCGCUCGUCUGUUGGGUCUUCGGGAUUCCCAGCAAUGAUGUCCGAAAGGCCAGGCAGCACAUGGAAGUAGAGCUGCCGUAUCGGUAUAUUGUCUACGGAACAGUAGGGUUAAAUGCGCUUUUCCUUGUGCCUUUCCUAUUUGCACACGUGGGUCUGUUGUGAUGGAACCAACCACUAAGCUUUCAGCCAAUAAGAGCCCAGUUGGACUGCAGAGGCCCCUUCCUUCAAAUCGCCGAUUUGAUGGAACUAAUGGCAGUCAUGUAACACUGCGCUGCACCUUCCAAUCGUUCCUCCAAUGUUUUCCAUCGUUUAUACUGUAGUUUUCAAGAAGUUUCUAUUCUAAACACCCGUUUGGUGUUGAUUGAGAAAUGAUUGUGCUUUUCUACAUAGUUUGCAUCGCAUGUAUAGUAGCAUAUAUGUCAGAUUUUAUUCUUUUCUAAAAUCUUAUUGCAAACUUUUGUAGCCAGUAGGCCUUGUUAUAUUUUUUUCUCAAGCAAUACAGCAGUUUUGCUGAUUAUCUGAAAUUGUAGAGGAUUUUUGACUAAUGUUUGGACUCAAACUCUUGCAUCAAGAGUUGACUGAAAGCGCUUUUGCAAAAGGUGUGACUCGUGCAAAGUUGUGGAUCGGCUGGAACUGACAACAGCAUUUGUGUUUCGUUUGUUUGUGAGAGAAAUCUGAAAUCUUAAGUUUUAAUUGAAAAGGCCAGCCGAGCAUGAUGGUUAAUGGUUAGGGCCGGUGUUGAUCUUUAUUUUACUUUUGUUGAAAUUUAUUAAGAUGUUUUUUGCAUUCAAAACAUGUUGGAUUUUUCUCCAAAGACUUUUGUAAUGAUAGAUGCCUUAUUGACAUAUUUGGAAAGUCUCAUAAUUGUAUUGACUCUCAUAUCAUUCCAUAAGUGAUUGAAUUUCUUUACUGCAACACAAAAAAGAAUAUAUUUGAGAAUUUGUUUUUGUUUGUUAUGAUAAAGUCCAGAAGCUUUAAUGUUAGUUGGUGCCCAACAUUAUUGAGAAGAAAAAAAAAAGUUACACCUGAUACCGGUUUUGGAAUGAUAUUAGGGUGUAUAAUACGGUGGCCGAGAGAGCUUAAUGUGCUGCAAUUUAAGAAAACGCAUGCAAUUACAAAAACCACGAGCAAAUUAAGAAAAGAUCUUCAUCCAUUUGACAGCACACCUGCUGCAAAUUCUCACAACACAUAGACAAUAAAAAACGGGCUGCAUUUUCACAAACAAUUUAUAAAAAUGCGCUGCAUUUUCUCACAACACUUGCAAAAAGAAUGAAAAAUAGUGGAAAUGUUUCAAGAGGACCCAAAAACGUGACGACUGUCGCUUGAUUUUAUGCUCUUUGCUAUUGUUCAGUGGAGUUGUAGGUGAACUUUGAAUGGUGCAUUUUUUUGUUUGUUUAUUUAAACAUGCUGAUUUCCUUGUCUUUUGUAUUUUAUAAGCCUAAAUAAGUAAAUAGCUGGGUCUGUCAAGUUUUUGGGUGCCCUUGAAACAUUUCUGUUGUGUUACGUGCAAUUUGAAAGUGUUAUGAGAAAAUACAGCGCGUAUUUUUUAAAUAUUUGCGUUGCCAGAAAAUGCAGCGCAAUUUAUUUAGCAAUUAAUUUGUUUGCGUUGU